GAAUCUCAGAUCGACUCGGUAUAUUUAUAUUCGUUAUUUGUCUGUCACAAACUUCUCACUUGCUCUUUCUCUCUCAGCCGAAGAACAUGAAGCAAACCUUGUGCCUUGUUUUGUGUGUUCUCUUCUUCAUUUUAUCAACAAGUUCGUCUGCAAUUCGAAGAGGAAAAGAGGAUCCAGAGCUGAAUCCAUUAGUCUCAGCUACAUCAGUGGAAGAAGACUCGGUUAAUAAAUUGAUGGGGAUGGAUUAUUGUGGAGAAGGAGAUGAAGAAUGUUUGAAGAGAAGGAUGAUGACGGAAGCUCACUUAGACUACAUUUACACACAGCACCAUAAGCAUUGACAUUGUUAACACUAUAAUUAAUUUGCCUACAUAUAUGUAAUGUUUUGUGUUGAUGUUACUUAGAUAUAUAUAAGUAUUGUAUAUCAGUAUAUGAGACCUGUGUGACAGAACGGCUCCAAGAAAUCAAUUUUUGUUUUUUUUCCUUGCUGAGAUUGUUUUAUCAGCUCUAAUGAAGAUUUAAAAAAUAUAGUGAUUGUA